AGACUACUUUUAAUUUGAAGGUUUUAUUUUGACAGACAAAUUACCAACUUCCUGUUGGAGUUACCUCAGAAGUGUCAUCAAAUGAGCUGUAGAGCUGGAUUAGAUGAACAUUUUGCCAUUGGUUUCAUGUCUGUACGGCGGUCCUACUGGAAGUUUGUGUGCGAGCGUUUUUCAUUGAAAGGCAAAUUGCUAACUUCCUGUUAGAGUUAGCUUAUGGGUGUUAGCAUAUGAAUUGCCUCUCACUGUGUGAGUGGACCUGUGCUCCCGGCUCGGUUCCAAAAUAAACAGUUUUAAAGGUGAACUCACUUUAUCAUCCCUGUUGGGAGAUUCAGAUUGUGCAUUUUACCCAUAAUUCACACAGUGUAGCAUUAGCAUUAGCAUCAGGAGCAGCUGCAGAUCUUCAUCAGCACCACAGUUUGGAACACCAACAGGAAAACUGACUGACAUUUACCUGAUUAUGAUGAUGGCAAACUGAAAGAAACCCACAAGACAUGGAGAGAACAGAAACACAACACAGAAAGUCUAAAGAAUCAAACCCCCAACCACAUUACUGUGAGGCUAAAGUGCUAACCACUGCACCACUGCUGAACCGUUUACACUUAAGGGUUUAAGCUAAUGCCUAAAUAUGUCCAUGUUCAGUUUUCAUGCCAGGUUAUGUGUAAUGCUAACCUGCACAGCUUCCUGUUGGAAAUCAUGAAUUUGUUGUGUUUGACACCAGUGAAAUGAACUUCUCUGUGAUUUCCUGACGUUCCUUUAUUUUUUUCUUUCUGAAAAUAAAAAAAGGUGGAAACGUGGAAGAAGAGCGUGUUUUCCUAUCUAAAGAUGGAAAUCACAACACAUCCUGAUGUUUUCGAAAUGAUGAAUGGUUUGCUACUCAUUGGCAUGGAGAAGGUGCUGGAGGCAGAGUUUGUGUGUCCAUGUCUUCCUGAUAUGAACUUUCGCUAUGCAGUGGUCCAUUUUGUGGCUCCUUCAUGUCUCCUCUUUAUGGUGAUGUUCAGCAUCAGAUCAAGCAGUGAUUGUUGCUCAAAGGAAACUUGGGUUUUGAUGGUGAAGAGCCUGGUUCUGCCCUUCACGUGGGUCUUCCUGCUCUUAAUGGACGGCCGUUACUUUGUGUGUGGGAAAUCCUACUGGCCCGGACGUCUGGUGAAACAUGAUGACCUUAUUGCUAAGAAAUGGUGUGAACCGGUCAACACAACCUUAGCAGCGGAACUAGAAGAAGAAACCUGGAGGUGGUUCUCGGAGUCCAAGUUCUGGGGAAUGAUCGUGAUCCUCAUUGUGUCGGGCGGGUGUAUGCUGUACCACUUAUGCAGCUGCUGCAAGUCCUGUAAGAAGAAUCCAAAAGGAGGAGGACAAAGUCCCUCAGAACCACAACAGCACCCCCCUGAUGAUGGUUCUUCUUCUAUUCCACUUGAGAGAGUAGACACAUCUGGGCACCCUGUGAACGAGGAGGAAUAACCUGUGAUUGGCAUCAGACAGCUGAUAUUUUGAUGUUUACUGCAAGAUUUGGUCUUUUUUUUAACUCUUCUGAAUCUUUUGUCUGCUGAAUGUUUGUAAAGCUUAGUUGUAAAACUUCUGAUGUAAAUGAAUGGUUUUAUUCAGACGUCACAUCCAAUAUGAAUAAAUAAAAUAGAGACUGACUUUGUAUUAAACACAGACUGAAGUCCUAUAGUCCUGCUUAAUUAAGGUCCAAAAAUGAAAGAAAAACUGACCAUAAAAUUAAAUUAUUCAGUGUAACCAUCACAAAAGGUCUUUCAGCUCUAUAUUGGUGUUUAACCCCAACAACAGCAUUGCAUCUCCUUUUACUGCCUUUAGUUUUUGUCCAAUAAUCAUCUUUUGUAUCUAAAAAUACUCAUAUCACUAUUUUCAGACACUGAUCAUUGUUUGAUUUGGAUUUAUAAGUUUAUUAAAUAUACAAAGUUUCUGGUGAUGCUUAUUUUUGUUUUUCUUGCUUUUAAAGUUGUCCUUAUGUCAUAACUAAUUAUCUGUAUUAGUAUUUUAUGUUUUCUUUGCUCAUAUAGUCAUCGGGUGAUGUUUGUUGUUUUUCUUGGUGAAAACUGCAAGAGGAAGAAGUGGAACAUCAGCAAAGCCAUUGAUCACCACAGCCUUCAAGAGGAACAGUAUUUAAUCUGUUUGCAUUUUGACUCAUAGAAUUAAAAGCUAAACCAUGAUACAAAAAAAAAAAAAAAACAGCUUCAGUAUCGUCUCAGCCUCUAA